AUGACAAAGAAAAAACUAGUUCUACCAGAAAAACCGGACAAGUUUGCACAAAAGAACAACACAGAAGCUCAAGAAGAUAACGAACCUAUUGGACUGACCACUAACAGACAUGGAAAAAGCCAUCCUAGUAAAAGGGAUGAACUACAACUUCAGAGACGCGGACAAAAAGGAUUUCCUAGCAAAACUUUAAAAAGAAGCAUCGGUGAACAUGGCAAAAAACCUGAGAACGGCCUUGAAAUUUAUAGUAUGAAGAUUGACUGCAAAGUUACAUCUCGGUUUGCUCACAAUAUGGUAAUCAGCCGAGUAGUGAAUCGAGCAAAUGAAUCAAAGGAAGCUUUCUUUGAAAUAGAACUACCCAAAACAGCCUUCAUUACCAACUUCAGCAUGACUCUAGAUGGAGUGACAUAUGUGGGAGCUGUAAAAGAGAAAGAAGUUGCUCAGCAACAGUACCAAAAAGCAGUUUCACGGGGACAGACUGCAGGACUUGUAAAAGCAUCUGGAAGAAAAAUGGAGAAGUUCAAAGUGUCAGUAAACAUUGGACCAACAAAAAAAGUCACUUUUGAACUAACUUAUGAAGAAUUAUUAAAACGUCAUUUGGGGAAAUAUGAAAUACAAAUCAGAGUAAAACCUAAGCAGCUUGUCAAACAUUUUCAGAUUGACGUACAUAUCUUUGAACCACAAGGCAUUGCCUUUCUGGAUUUUGAUGCAAAAUUCUUAUCAAAUAAUCUGACUUCAAUUGUGAAAAAGACACUGACGGCAACAAGGGGCCAUGUUUCCUUCAAACCAACUCUUGAGCAACAACGCAAAUGUCCUGAUUGUGAUGAGACUGUUCUGGAUGGAGACUUCAUCAUAAAGUAUGAUGUCAAUAGAGAUCUAUCGGCUGGUACUGUUCAGAUUGUAAAUGGAUAUUUUGUCCACCAUUUUGCUCCAGCAAAUCUAACCAGAAUCCCUAAAAAUGUCAUCUUUGUAAUUGACCACAGUGGAUCUAUGUCUGGUACUAAAAUGCGUCAGACAAAUGAAGCCCUUUUAAAAAUUUUAGAUGACAUGAACACAAAAGAUCACUUUGCAAUUAUUAUAUUUGAUGAUACUUCUGAAACUUGGAAAAACUCGAUAUUUCAAGCAACUCCAAACAAUGUGGCUGAAGCUAAAGUUUUUGUACGAACCAUUUCAGCCAGAGGAGGAACAGAUAUAAAUGCUCCAAUGUUGAAAGCAGUAAGACUUCUGGACAAGUCCCAUCAAGACAAACUUCUGCCUGAAAGAAGUGUCUCCAUGAUUAUUUUGUUAACUGAUGGUGAUCCGAACUCAGGAGAAUCAAACCCAACAAAAAUCCAGGAGAAUGUUAAAAGUGCCAUCAAUGGCAGGUACAAUGUGUAUUGCCUUGGGUUUGGUUAUGAUGUUAAAUAUAGUUUUCUGGAAAAAAUGUCACUGGACAAUGAUGGUGUGGCACGGAGAAUUUAUGAGGAUUCAGAUGCUCCCUUACAGCUCCAGGGCUUUUAUGAUGAAGUGGCAAAUCCCUUGCUUUUGGAUAUUGAAUUGCACUAUCCAGAGAAUGCCAUUUCAGAGUUAACUCAGGCCAAUUUUAGGCAGUAUUACGAUGGAUCAGAAAUUGUAGUGGCUGGCAAGAUUUCAGAUGAUGACCUGCAGUCACUCAUUGCAGAGGUCUUUGCACAAACUGCCAAUGAAAACCUAACUCUAAAAGCUGAAGUGCAGGUAUCAGAAGUUGAAAAUAUCACUCAGCAGCAGCUAUACAUUUUUGGUGACUUUACUGAGCGACUGUGGGCUUAUUUGACCAUACAACAGCUCUUAGAAAAGCGGGUUUCAGCAGAGACAAAUGAAAAGAAAAACCUAACGGACAGAAUCCUUGAACUAUCACUCAAGUACAGUUUUGUAACCCCAUUAACAUCAAUGGUUGUUACAAAACCAGAGGAAAACAAGAAUGACAGCUUUGUGGCUGACAAACCGUCAGAAGAUGAAAAAGUCCCAAUACAACAAAGGCAAUACAGUUAUCCAGGACAUGCAUAUACAACAUCAUUGGCCAGCCCAAGCUUUAUCAGUAAAAGACCCAGUUUCACUUAUGUUGACAGUGAUCCUCAUUUUGUCAUUUCAAUAAACGAUCAUAGUGAUGCCAUUUGUUUCAACAUUGAUGGUAAACCAGGAGCAAUCCUAAAUCUGGUCACAGAUCCAUAUACAGAUUUUGUAGUAAAUGGAGAAUUGAUUGGAGAGAAGAAAAUAGAAGCUAACAAGAAAAUAAAUACAUACUUUGGAAAGUUUGGAAUUGUGAACAACAAAAUGGAUGUUAAAGUUGAAGUAUCAACUAAAACAAUUACAGUAUUUCAUGGAGAAGACAAGAUUGUUUUCCCCUGGUCAGCAACUGCAUCUUUAACAAAAGAAAGCUUCUCAAUUUCAAUCAUAAAAGAAAGGAAUCUCACACUAACAAUGGGAGAUGAUGCAACAUUUGUUAUUGUAUUGCAUCGCGUCUGGAAAAAUCACCCUCUGCACAGAGACUUUCUGGGAUUUUAUACACUUGAUAGCCACAGGUUUUCAAAUAUGACUCAUGGAUUGCUUGGUCAGUUUUACCAUGAAAUAAGUGCUGAGAUAUAUAACAUACACCCUGGUUUAGAUGAAGGCAAAUCUGACGCAACAAUGGUCGUAAAAGGUCACAAACUCAGAGUAACAAGAGGGUACCAGAAAGACUAUAGAUUUGAUCCAAAGCGAGGAACCAAUGUCCCAUGCUGGUUCGUUCACUACAAUGGCAAAGGAUUUAUUGAUGGAAGCCCGACUGACUAUGUUGUUUCUUCUUUAUUUGACUACCUAUACUCAUAAGCUGAGAGUAGAUGAUGAAAGUUUAUCUCUCGAAUGACUCUAUUGCACAAUUACUUUAUAUUUCAAAUACAAAAACAGAUUAAAAAUCAUAUCUAUAAGCACUUCCUGUCUCUUCAAUCAUAAGUUACAAUGUUUCUUCAGACUAAUUACUGCCUAUGUAAAAUGAUCAGAUUAGGUUUGUUUGUUAAGAAUGGAUGCCAGGUACGCUCCUCUGCUGAUCCACUGGGCUCCAAUCUCUGAAAAUGUGCAGCAUCAGGAUUAUUUUCAGAUUUCUACCCUAUGCACAGCAGCACCAUGACUUUAGAUGUAAUCUCACAAAACCCUUUUCAAAGGCCACCAUCAAGUAGGGAAAGCUGACAAGCUUGAGGAGAUGGAGCGGCCAACUAAUUCCGACAAUGUGCAGUUUUCACUGUGACAACAUUGAAAAGCAUCACUAAAGAGUCUGGGGCAUGAGAGAGCAAUGUAAUGAAAAGGACAUGAGGCUGAUAGUUUUAGAUGGCUUUUCUUAUACAUGAAUAUUCAUUGUGAUACCAGUCUCCAUGUGAGACUGAUGCAGAUCACUGUGAACUUGUUGGUUUGACAUGUAAAGGUCAGACUGGUUGUUACUAUAACUCUUGCUGUGCACUCACCACCUGGGUUUACAUACUCUUGAAAAUUUUAAAUAUCCAGUGAAAUUGCCUAAUAACUAAAUUUGUUAUCUCAAUUUCCUUCCUUUGUUGCCAUAGACCCCUUGACAUCGUAUUAGCUCAGCAAAUUUUCCUGAAGCUCCUCCCUCAAACCUGUUCCACCAGUAAAUUAAAAACAAGAAUUCUGGUGUCAAUUCUGUAAUACUGUCCAAAUGUAUUUUCAACAUAAGGCAAAUAAUUGAAUAUAAGGUGGGUAUUGAUGCCAAUGCAGUGGGAACGCACUUGAAGAACACAUCAAUAAAAACAAUUGGUACACUGAUUUCAAUGUAAUAGCUAUUUUGAUGGACAUCAGAGGCAGUGAUACCUAUGCAGGCAUUAGCAUAGUUCUAGCACCGAACAGAAAAGAAAGUGGCCAAGUAAGGAAUUGGCUUCAGUACUACUUACUGCGAUGAACGAACAUUGGACCAAAAGAACACUAGGUUUGAGUGGACCAUAUCACUGCAUAAGGUUCCGUUAUGUAACAAUUGUGUACAACUCCAAUAUAGAUAUGAAUUUGAAAAAAAAAUGCAUUUUUAGAGUUAUCGAGUAACUUAGCAAUACAAAAUGGUUCCAAAAGCAUUUUUGAUAGUAAGCUAAAUUAUUUGGCAAACUGCAAAAGCAAUACUGGACAAUGUGUCCCUCGUACUAGCAGGAAGCAAAUGUAUGUAUCUUCCAAUAUAUAAACAAGUCUGAUAAUAUGAGCUUUUAAUAACUACAUAAUGAAUUGUUCUAAUAAUGUGCAUAAUCUGAAGACAUUAUACUUACCAGAUAUAUUCUUGCAUUUGUAGGCAAAUAAAUCAAUUUUAUUUUAAAGUCAUGUCAA